UGACUUAAUAGAACAGGCGGGGAGGGAGGGCCCAGGCCUGAUCUUUCCGUCGGUGUGCAGCAGUUCCUCCCUUCCUUCCCGAUUUCUGUCAUCACUACUUUUCUCCUCCUCCUCCCUCCUCUUUGCAAACCCUAGGAGCCACGAUCCGGGGGUGCAUUGACCCAAAUUCUCGGGCUCGUCGAUCCUCGGUGAAGCUCUUCGGCUGCUUCGUCCUAAUUUCCAUCUCGGACUUGGUGAUUUUCCAAUGCCCCCUGGAUUUUCCACCCCGUCUGCUUCACGCUAACCCUAGCUCUGGUUCUGAGUUCUUCGCAUCGCUUCCAUUGCUGCAGCUACCAUGGCUGCUGCCACGCUCUGCGAGUCCGGCUUGGAGGAGGGCGAGUACGAGAGCGACAGUGAUGGAACGUCUGCCCUCGCAUUGCGACGCCGUGAGGCCAGCGACGACGAGGAGCGUGAAGUGCCUGCAUCUUCGUCGCACCACUCCUUCUCUGACGAAGACGCCGAGGAGGGCGAGGGCACGCCUCCCGACGACGGGGAGGAUGACGACGAGGAGAAGGAGGGUGCUGCUCUACUGCGACGCAGGCGCUUGGUGAGUGAGGAGGAGGACGACCACGAGGGUUUGCAUCAUCAGGAGGGCGGGAGCAGAAAAAGUGCAGACAAAGAGGAUGGUUCGCAGGGCUCUGCUGCCGCGGGCACCACCGACGGCAAAGAGGCUGGCGAAGAGGAUAAAAAGGAGGCGGAGCCCUUCGUUGUUCCUACGGCGGGGGCAUUUUACAUGCACGACGAUCGCUCUCGCGGAGUUGGUGGAGCUCGUCCCAGGCGGGGCGUAGGAGGCAGCCGGAAGCUCUGGGAAGCCAAGGAUGAGAAGCCAUGGGUACAUGAUUUAUUUGAGGAACUCAAUGUGCGCGAUGAUAGUUACAGCGAUGAAGGGCUGUCAAGAGGCGGACGCGGAAGAAGUCGAGGCAGGGGGCGCGUCAAUCGGGAUCGAAACAGGGGGUGGGUAGGCAAGCUUGCCAGCGAUUCGGAGGAGUUGAACGCGAGCCGUGCACGGCGUGGGCGAGGGAGGGGCCGGCCUGCAAGAAGUGAAGUUGUAGAACACAACAGACUGGAAGAAUCAGCCCCGUCAACAAGUAUGGGAACACACGACGGUGCAGGAAGCAGCAACGUCAGGGUACAGGAUGAGAGCACAAAAGACGAGUCUUCAGCUCCUCCUCGGAAGGUUGUUGCGGGUUCACUGAAUUCCGCUUCCCCACCUUUUUUCCCUUCAAGCGCCUUACAACCGAAAUCAGUUGAAGUGGCAGGGUCUGUCCAGGUUAGCGCCAAUCAAAUCACUGGAGGACGGGAUAGAGCGAGAAGACCAGGAUCUCAAGUAUCCGUGGCGAAAACAGGUAGCUCUGGAAGGGGGCCACAGGUUGGCGGAGAAUUGCAGAGCAGCGCACAUGAUCAGCAGCCGGUCAAACCAUCUACAGCUCAGACAACACCACCAGAUGCAAGCAGUAGCAGUCAGGGACAUGUCCUUUUACCUUCACUGGCCCAACAGUCGCAGGCCCAAGAAGCAGAAGCGCCUGGCCCAAUUACUCAAGUUUCAGCUGGUUCCAUUCCAGUUAAUGUAGGGCAGUCUGCGCAAUCUGGCAGACCUAAAAGUACCGGGGGUAGAGGGGGGACCACCCAUGUGGUAGGAGGAAGAGGUGGAUCGUUUGUGUAUCAUGGAGGUCCCGCUGCCGUAAUGAACAAUGGAGUGCAAAAGGUGGACCAAGGGUUCGCAUCUCCAAUCCCUGCCGUCGGACCUGUUGCAGUUCAAUAUGGAGGUCAUCCGUCUGCUGGCAUAGCUCUUCCAGCUGUGGGUAUGGCGAUGCCAAACUACACUAGUCAACCGCAGUUUGGAUUUCCCAACUCCGAAGUAACAUGGAUACCGGUACUGGCUGGAGGUGGGACAUUAGGUGCUGGCUAUGCAACACCGUACAUGACCAUGGAGGGAACACCUUCACCAAUAUAUUUCAACCAGCCAGCCUCCUUCCGUCCAGCUGGAAGAGGGAUAAGCGGUGCAAAGCCAAGUGGUUUGUGGAAACCACCUCCUAAUCAAGAACUAGGUCCUGACGAGUUUGGGCAUCGCCAGAAUAAAGCACGCAGAUAUUCAGAGAUGAGUUUCGGGCAUUGACGAUGUGGAAGAAGACGCUGCACACUGUUUAUGUACUUGGGAAUGUGAUCGUAGAAACGUUCUGUAAUGAUUCAUCACAUUUUACGGUUCCAUGGGCUUGUUCCGGAAUGCUUGCAACAGAUUGCAAGGUCCCAGAUUGAGCUGUGAACUGCAGGAGUUGUGUCCUCUGUAAUAUUGCAGCGAGGACAGCAGAUCUGACAGUAUCGUCGGGGCUACUCGGUGUUGUUUACAAUGGACCGCUAGAUGGGGCUUGUUCACAGAGAGAGAGCGAUUAUUCACUUUGUAUUCACGUCCUGGUGAUAAAGUUAUAAUUCGCUCCUUCCAAAGGGCCUCACUCAAACCGA